UAACGUUACCGAGUGGAUGUUUUUUGAAGCGGUGAGCCCCCUUUACCAAGUAUAGUGUUAUUUGAUCAGCGCGAGGUGUUCCAGCAACAAAUUAUUGCUAUAGAGUGCGCGCGCGCGUUUGGGUGGAGCAUAAUCGGUUUCUAAUAAAACCCAUUUGCGUGUGACUACUUCAUUGAUUGGUUGAAAGCGUGGAUUUAGGGUGCACAAGUGGUUCUUCGUAUGAUCGCGGCUUCCGUUUGCUCGAUGUGCAUCUGUGCAGCGGCAGUGCUGGUUUGGGAAUCUGAAAUUUCCGGCGUGGUGCCGCGUGAUUUGGCGUGAGAGGGCAAACGAAGCGCAAAGAUAAUAGAAUUGUCUGGGUACGUUUUCUGCGGCGGCGAAAAUGUAAUUUACCAUGACAUGAGAAAUCUACACCACCAUAACCGCGGAGAAAGAAUGGUGUGCCGAGCGGAGUGUUGUGAAUAGUUCCACCGACUAACAGUUAAUUAACUGUUGUAGGAAGAGAGUGGUUAUUAUCAGUGGAGGAAAAGAUCAGCCACCAGCCCUAGUUCAACAAUAAUGUGGCUUUGGAGUGAAAAGUCUGAUGGGUCGUAUCGUUGGUGGUUUUAGCUCUAGUAUAAGAAGAUACCAAUUGAUACAUAAUUGAUGUGAAAUACUUACUUGAAGCAUUCGACUUCGUUGAGGUGUGACCUUUAUUUACUUGGAAUUGUUUGUGUCAGUCAUGCUUGGUUAAGGUUGAGAUCAAGCGAAGAUUUUUUUUUGUAAGACGCCCAAAGAGCCCACAGUGAAAGAGUGACAGUGAAAUUAUGAGAAAAGCCGCACAAACAAAACAGAGUCAAUCGUAGGGCGGAAUAAAGAUACGUUGAAGUGAAAGAAAGUGUUGAAGAUCAUAAUUUAUUCACGAAGACGACGACGGCGACACCGUGAUUUGCUAUUGGAAAUUGAAUGGUAGUAGUGAACAGUUCAUCUCAUCUGUGUGGGAAUUUGAAAAGCAAAAAAGAAAAAGUCUCCAGCAUAGAUAACUACAUUGAAGUCUACCAAACUUGAACUCUAAAAGACGGUGUUGUUCCUCGCUUGAAACUUGGUUCCGAACAAGUCAAACGGUACGGUACUUGAUGGUGCGUUGCUAACAUGACUCAUUCGGAACUUGGCACAAGCUCGCUACAGCUGGAACCGGUUUCCAUGGGUACGAAUUAAGCGCGUUGCCGGUGCUGGAGGAGAGGCGAGAAAAGGAAGAGACUGCCGAGAAAACCGUAGGUCGAGGGAGACCUUGACUGAAGGAGAAUGGCCUACAAUGGACUGUCGCAGCAUGUGGAUUUCCUGAGGCUGCCCAAUCCGACCGAACGGUACGACCUGUUGGAUUUGAUCGGCGAGGGAACGUACGGCGAAGUCUACAGUGCCAAGGACAAGCACACCGGCCGCAAGUAUGCUGUUAAGAUCUUGGAAACCAUUGCCGACAACAUCGAGGAAAUCGAAGAGGAAUAUCUCGUGCUUCGGGACCUAUCAAAGCACCCCAACAUUCCCGACUUUGCCGGGCUGUACCUGAAGCGCGGUGCCACUGUCGAAGAUGACCAGCUUUGGUUCGUGCUCGAGCUAUGCACCGGUGGUUCGGUCACGGAUCUGGUUCAAGGUCUACGCAACCGUGGGGCCCGGCUAACCAACAACCAAAUAGCGUACAUUCUGAGAGAGACGGUCCAAGCGUUGGUUUUCCUCCACGAGAACCAUUGCAUGCAUCGGGACAUCAAGGGCCACAACAUUCUGCUGACGGAGAAUGGUCUCGUCAAGUUGGUGGAUUUUGGCGUUAGUUCCCACCUGGCAGCCACCAUGGCCCGGCGGAAUACCAGCGUGGGAACGCCCUACUGGAUGGCACCGGAGGUCAUCGCAUGCGAGCAGCAGCUGGAUCAGUCGUACGAUUCCCGGUGUGAUGUGUGGUCGGUCGGGAUCACGGCCAUCGAACUGGCGGAAGGGGAUCCUCCGCUGUGUGAGCUGCAUCCGAUGCGUGCCUUGUUCCAAAUUCCAAGAAAUCCUCCACCGAGAUUGAACCACCCGGAAAAUUAUUCUGCCAUGCUGUCAGAUUUUAUAUCCGAAUGUUUAGUCAAGGAUUUGGAGCAGAGGCCAUUCUCGAAGGAACUGAUUACACAUCCGUUCCUGAAGGCGGUUGGUCCUCACGUUGAUCAGGUGCGGUAUGAGUUGAGAACUGAAAUUCAAAAGCAGCGUUCAGAUGGAAGAGCUCCUCGUCAAGCGGAAGCAACAACCAAGUACGGAAAGCUCAAGUCAGAUAGGAAGUCCAAACCCCAGAAGAUGUAUCUCGAUGACCUGGCGGCGUUGGACGUUUUGACGGAGGAUACGAUUGUCGAACAGCUGCAAAAGCGAUUUGAAACCAAUCAGAUCUACACGUACAUUGGUGACAUUUUGGUGGCAGUAAACCCAUUCUCUCAACUGGGACUUUACACGACGUAUCACCAAAGAAAAUAUAGCGGUAAGACAAGAUCGGAUAAUCCGCCCCACAUCUUUGCAGUAGCAGAUGCAGCGCACCAAGCGCUUGUACAUCAGAAGCAAAACCAAGCGAUCGUCAUCUCCGGUGAGAGUGGUUCCGGUAAAACGGAAAGCGCCAAUCUCCUACUGAAGCAGUUGGUCUUUCUUGGAAAGGCAGUUACCAAAAAUCUGGAGGAGCGCAUACUCCAAGUCAAUCCAAUCAUGGAAGCAUUCGGCAAUGCCCGAACCGGCAUUAAUUCGAACAGUUCUCGUUUUGGAAAGUACUUGGAACUCACCAUGGCCCGCAGUGGCAAAGUCAAUGGUGGUCGCAUUUUCGUCUACCUGUUGGAGCAAAGCCGGGUUGUGAAGCAGGCUGAAGCUGAGGGCAACUUCCACGUCUUCUACUACAUGUACGACGGCCUUCAGGCGGAGAAACGCCUGGAAGAGUAUUACCUUCAUCCGUCUUACCGAAAAACGCAUCGUUACCUACAGGAAACAGCGACGUUACCCAAGACCAACGUUGAACGUUGGAAGCAACUGCUGGCAAGUUUCAAAGUGCUCGGAUUCCGGGACGACGAAGUGGACAUGGUCAACCGAGUGCUGGCCGCGAUCCUAAAUUUGGGCGACAUGGAGUUCGGUGAAAUAGACUCGAACGACAACACCGACAGCAAGGCGAGGGUCAUCGAUGUGGCUCCGAUGCAUCGCGUUUCGAAACUGUUGGGCGUGGAAUCGGGCGAUUUGUUGGAAGCGCUGACUUCCAAUUCGGUGGUGACCCGAGGAGAAACCAUCACGAGACAUAAUAAUGUGGCCGAAGCUUGCACGGCCAGGGAUGCCAUGGCGAAGGGGCUGUACGGACGUCUGUUCGAUUGGAUGGUCAAUCAGAUUAAUCUGCUGCUGGUGCAUAACAGACCGAACAACAAUCCCGAGCAACUGGCAAUAGGAUUGUUGGAUAUUUUUGGGUUCGAGAAUUUCAACAAGAAUUCGUUUGAGCAGCUUUGCAUCAACAUCGCGAAUGAACAAAUCCAGUAUUACUUCAAUCAGCACAUCUUUACAUGGGAACAGCAGGAAUAUAUGGCCGAAGGGAUACCCGUGGAUUUGGUGGAAUUCGCCGACAACCGUCCUGUGUUGGAUAUGCUUCUUAGUCGGCCACUUGGACUGCUUGCUCUCCUAGACGAAGAAUCCCGUUUUCCGCGAUCCAACGAUCGUUCUCUAAUUGAGAAAUUCCACAACAACGUUAAGUCCAAGUUCUACCAGCGACCCAAAUCGGACGCUGUGUGCUUUGCGGUGCACCACUUUGCCGGUCGCGUCGUAUACCAGGCGGACGGCUUUCUGGAGAAGAAUCGCAACUUCCUGCCGGCGGAAAUCAUUCAACUGAUCCGCCAAAGUCAGUACGACAUGAUCCGGUUCCUGUUCCAGUGCCCGAUAACCAAAACCGGCAACCUGUACUCAGCCAUCCAGGACACCGGAUCGCGCCAGAAUGUUUCAAGUUUUAUCAAGGUUGAUACAAAGGAAAAGUUCAACUCACGCGGACUGGCUUCGCAAUCGCGGGCUCAGCAAACGGUGGCCACCUACUUCCGGUACUCGCUGAUGGAUCUGCUGCAGAAGAUGGUCACCGGGACGCCGCAGUUCAUCCGGUGCAUCAAACCGAACGACAUGAAGGCUGCGAAGAGCUUCGAACCGGUCAAGGUGCUGAAGCAGCUGCGCUACACCGGCGUGCUGGAAACCAUUCGGAUCCGUCAGCACGGGUUCAGCCAUCGGUUGGCGUUCGCUGAGUUCCUGAAGAGAUACUAUUUCCUCGGUUACGGGUUCGAGGAACGUGUCAUCGCAAGCCGAGAAUCGUGUCGUUUACUUUUAGUGCGUCUAAAAAUGGAUGGAUGGGCACUCGGGAAAUCCAAGGUGUUCCUCAAGUACUACCAUUUUGAGUAUCUUUCGAAGCUGUACGAGGAGCACGUCCGUAAAAUCAUUCUGGUGCAGGCCUGCGUACGUCGUUGGUUAGCCAAGGCAUUCAUCAAGCGCGAAAAACAGUUGGCGGCGCAACGAGAGGCGCUCAGCGCCGUUACUCUCCAGAAGCACGUCCGUGGUUGGUUAACACGUCGGCGUAUGAACAAGCUGCUAAAGGAGAAGCAGGAGAAGGAACGUAUCGAGCGAGAACGGAUUGAAAAGGAGCGCGAGCGUCUCGAAAAAGAGCGGAUCGCUAGAGAGAAGAAGAACAAUGAACAAAACAAAGCAAAACAAGCAUUCGCCAGAGCCAAAUUCAUUCACCAGAUGGCUAAUAAUGAGUUCAUCAAGCCUUCAGAAAAGCGUACAGUAGACGUUAACAACAAAGAGAACGAGAAGGCAGCCAUCGUUAUUCAGAGCUACUACCGAGGCUACACAAUUCGCAAAAUGAAGCUUACUCCAGAAGUAGAGGCCAAGACCAAAUACAUCCUGGGCAUCGCCAAGAAUCGUGUCGAAGCACAACGCAUGAUGCAGAAGGAAGGUUUCUCCAAAGAGGACGCGGCUCGUAUAAUCCAGCGCUAUUACCGAACCCACAAGAGCAAAAACAACAACGUCAGCAACAAGGAAAGCAGAAACAAAGGUCCGGCACCUCAGCCCACGAAGCCCCUCUCGGCUAAAGAUCAACAGGUUGACCUCAUAGCCUUCUCGCAGAACGUCCACAUGAUGAACCAGGAGAUACACAAGAACCUGCGCGCCACCAAGAACGGAAUCCCACUGGAUGCCAUAGAGAAACUCCCCAAUGAUUACAAACGGCCGCCAGGCUUUGUGCUGGUACCGGGACUGCUGGGAACGGUCCCCGGCGGCGAGUUCACCAAGUACAGCUCGUUCCGCAGCUCUGGAGAUUGCGACCACGAAAUGACGAAGGAGUUAAUUCAAAGCCCGACCUUGUCCAGCGAAUUUGAGGAUGUAUCCCCGUGGGACAUGCCCUUCUACGAGCUGGAACGGAAUCUCCGCUCGCAAAGGCAACGAAACCUCCAGCAGCAGCAACAGCAGCAGCGGGUCGACAUCAAUCGUAACGACAUCAUCGGGGACCGCAAGAUGGAGCUGAGCGAGCGCAAGCAGCAGCUGUCGAGCAACUGGCACCAGGCAUUCCAGGCCACCGAGACCGCCGUGCAGGACAAUAAAUUCAAGGGGAUGAUCAGAUCCAAUAAUAUCCACAACAACGAACCGGCCCACAUCCGUCACAUACCGGCCUUCAGUUACCUGAAUCCGAACGGCCACCAAAUUCUGCGCUACUCACCGAACAACGUGGACCAGCAGUCAUCUUCGCCAUCGUCCCGAGAGCAAUCGUAUCGCCAAGGAAGCUCGGACCAGCCAUCACCGAGCCCUCCGGUCGGCCAUGCCAAACCGAAGAAGCAGGGCCCCAAACUAGAGUACAAGCUGAAGGAGAAGGAGAACAAAGAGAAGAAGAAGAAGGAGAAGAAAAUGAAGAAGGAAAAGGAGAAGGAGAAACUAACGCCCCCCUCGUCGGGAACGUCGUCGGCAAUGAGCAAUCCCGCGGAAAAGUCACGCAAGGAAGCGAAGAAAAAGGCACCGAUGCCAAUUCCCCAACCAGGGCAGCAAGUUCCGCAGAAAAGAAUGAUCGAUCACCACGAGUAUCAGAAUAUUUCCGAGGAGACCAAAAUCGAUAGCAAGAGCCCGGUUAUGAGGAUGUUUGGCGAUACGAACUUUUUGCUAAACCAUCGGAGGAAAACCUCCAAUCAGAAGGAGAGUGGGCUCAGCUGCGGCCAAGGAGUGUGUGAGCUGAUGAAUGGAGUUUACAGAUUUAGUCCACAUGUCACUUCGUUUGCCGAACUGGAAUCGAACAAGAGUAGCAGCAAUCGGUCACACCCUUCAACGCUGGACGCCAAGGAGUACCAAAACUUCAGCGUAUCAAAAUAUCUAAACAUCGACGUCAAAACGCCGAAUCUGAGGAGCGUGAAGAACCAUCAGCGGAAUCGUAUGAGUUCCAACAGUAGCAGUUUGAGCAGUGGCAGCAGUGGUUCGAACUCGCUGAACUCGUUCGACUCGGUCGAGCAGGCGAUCAUAUUCCAGAAGAACAAAAAUGCCGACUCGUACCUGGGGCCGUUCAACUUCCGGCAGCUGUUGAGGCCAACCCAAGGGCCCACCGAGUCGCUCCGCAAGCGCAAAGGAAUCAACCCACCAUCGCCACCUCCGCUGCAGCGGGGCAAAAGUUAGAAAGGGGGGAAGGGAAUUUCUUCGAGAGGGUUGUGUUUGGUUUAGUGCAUUUGGCUAUCGUUGAUGAGUGUUGGUUGAUGUAUAUUCGUGUGUGUAUUUAUACAAGCUUGAUAGACCGAUUCGUUCCGUUCUGAUUCGGAAAGUCAGUUAUGUAAGGUUGAUUAAUUCUUCUCGAUUGGAAGUAGACCAUAAAUUAUGAUCUCUAGUUCGGUUUCAAAAAUAACGUCGAUAGGACUCGAACAAUGCUCAUUGGAGCAUAUAAACCAACCGAAAUGCGUCAUCGGGAAAUUGGAACGAUUCAGGUCUAUCGAUAGCAUCACGCUGCUGCAGCUGUAGAAGAGAAACUUUCCCGGCUGGGUUUUCCUACCGUUUGGUAUUUUCUGCAUCCUGCGGCAGCGGCGGAAAAUUUCCUUUCCUCUCGAUUGAUAUUAAAUUUUAUGUUUUCGGGGUUGUGGUUCGAAUUUGCAGUUUGAGAGGUAGUUGGUAGUAGACGUUGAGGUAUAUUCAAACUUUGGUAUUACCCCCGGCGCCAUCAUCAUCGUCAUCGUCGGCUAUCCGGUAGAAAGUGAGCUACGUCUACUGAUAAUGCCUUAGGUAAAGGAUCAACUUUUGUGCGGAUUUAUUCACUGCGCGUCUUAUCUUUUGUUUCCGCCAAUUGCGUCAUUGGUGCAGUACCGCAAUCUCUCUCGAUUGUCUAAUGAAAAAUUCUCAGCAUAGAGUGCGGCCAUUUAACAGAUCUAGUUAGGAGGCAAUGAUGAAGCAAGACCAUCUAUUGAGUCAUAUGAUGUUCCCAUGCCAGGACAGAAGCAUUGUCCUUGAAAAGUGUUUUUCUCCACCAUAGUAAAUCAUGAAAAUAAUUCUAAAUAAAUUGCCUCACUGAUACUUCUUCGAAGAACGAGGCUCAUGUGUAGAGUACAAAACAAAAAUGCAAUCAUUCUGUGAGCCAAAGCUGGGAUCUAAGACUGUGCCGUUCGAAAAAGAAUGCCUGAUCCAGAUACUGCACUGCACUUUCUGCCGGAAUAACUUUGCUUUAUUUCUUUAUCCACCCGCUUUCAUUCGUGUAUCCCAUCGCCUCUCCAUUUAUUUAUCUUGAAGGCAGUUUUUAUAAUUUAUUACCCAAGCAAUUUACUCCCUUCACUACGUCUUUUGUAACCUAGAUUUAUCCUCGUUGAAUAUCGUUUCUUAGCACAGUAAGCUGCAAUCACCAUAUAGAGAUGAAGGGCACUUUGGUCCUUUGUCAAACAUUCUUGGCUGUAGGGAAAUGUAGUUACUCUAGUUAACACAGAUACACUAAAUAGAUUUAUGUAAAAUAGAUAAAAAAGAACAAGAAAUGUUUCCCGAAAAAGACUCACUAAAAACCUGACACCAAAAACUAGUGGAAUAAAGUACCAAGUCCUGUUACAUGUUGAGUUACGACCUUCGUGAAUCGCA